UGGGAGAAGCUGCCGGCAUGCGCGUCUCUGUGCCAGUCGCACCCUGGGAAUAUUAGUUAAUGCAGUUUAGAAUUUGCACAAUUUGCUGGACGUUAGUUAGAAAUCCGACUGAGGUCCAAUAGAUAUUAAAGGUUAAACAGAUGUGAAAGGAUAAACCCACACAACUGCUUGCAUUCUCCCACACCCAAGGUCAUAAUAUUAUUCUGGAAACUGGAUAUCAUCCUGACUGCUGAAGCACCCUUUCUUAAACAGCAAAGAUAUUACAAAGACUCGGGCCUAAAGGACACAGCCAAGAAAGCCUGAAGCCCACAAGUCUGAGGACACUUGAUCUCCUGUAGUUUCUCUGCACAGCGUUCCACAGGAAGUGUCCAGAAGUACAGAAAGAAGGUAUCUUGUCCUUUGAGAGAGAUGGGUUACAAGUAAAGAAUAUUCUUCAACAGGCCUGAAACAACUUGUAACAAUGCACUUCAUAUACAGUGGUUCACUAUCUGGGCUGGAAUAAAAGCCUACAGUACAAGGACUAAGAGUCCAGCGGUGUUGGGGAAGCUUUGAUGAUGGCAGAGGGAGACAUCACAACAUUCAAUGCCAUUACAGAGUCCUUCAGUCUUCCAAUUGGCAACUACAAGAAACCAAAGCUUCUUUACUGUAAUAACGGAGGAUAUUUUUUGCGCAUUCUUCCAGAUGGGGUUGUGGAUGGAACAAGAGACAGAAAUGACCUUUACAUUACACUGAAGUUAAGCGCACAAAGCCAAGGUGAGGUGCAUAUCAAGAGCACAGAGACUGGACAUUAUUUAGCCAUGGACUCCAGUGGACAGUUGUAUGGAACACUGACACCAGAUGAAGAAAGCCUGUUUCUGGAGACAUUAGAAGAGAAUCGCUAUAACACAUACAAGUCAAAGAAGUACGCAGAAAUGAACUGGUUUGUGGGCAUAAAGAAGAAUGGGGCAAGCAAAAAGGGAUCAAGGACCCACUAUGGACAAAAAGCCAUCCUUUUUCUACCUUUGCCAGCAUCCCCUGACUAAUGACUGAAUGGACUCCCAAGAGCCUCAUUGUUCCAUGUUAUUUGGGGUACAGGGAUGCAAAUCAUGUAGCUCGUCAGCUGUGAACUAUAACUUUCAACAUUGAUAAGGCCAGUAAUAGAGAUGUGGGGAAGGCUAGGACUCCUAUCUAAGUUGGCAAAGAUAAAACAAGAAAUUAAAGGGAUGAUUCACCUUUAAAGGACCAGUACCAUCAAAAACAUUUAAAAAAAGAAUUUGUUAGUAUACUACAAAAAAAACCCACCAACACAGAUUAAAUU